AUGAGCGGCAGCAGCGGCGGCGCCGCCGCCCCCGCCGCGUCCUCCGGCCCCGCCGCCACGGCCAGCGCGGUGAGCUCGGGCUGCGGGGGCGGCGCCGGCGAGGGGGCCGAGGAGGCGGCCAAGGACCUGGCCGACAUCGCGGCCUUCUUCCGAUCCGGUUUUCGAAAAAACGAUGAAAUGAAAGCUAUGGAUGUUUUGCCAAUUUUAAAGGAAAAAGUUGCAUACCUUUCAGGUGGCAGAGAUAAGCGCGGGGGUCCCAUCCUAACCUUCCCGGCCCGCAGCAAUCAUGACAGGAUACGACAGGAGGACCUCCGGAGGCUCAUUUCCUACCUGGCCUGUAUCCCCAGUGAAGAAGUCUGCAAGCGAGGAUUCACGGUGAUCGUGGACAUGCGUGGGUCCAAGUGGGACUCCAUCAAGCCUCUGCUCAAGAUAUUACAAGAGUCCUUCCCCUGCUGCAUUCACGUUGCACUGAUAAUCAAGCCAGACAACUUUUGGCAGAAACAGAGGACUAAUUUUGGCAGUUCUAAAUUUGAAUUUGAGACAAAUAUGGUCUCUUUAGAAGGCCUUACCAAAGUAGUUGACCCUUCUCAGCUAACGCCCGAAUUUGACGGCUGCCUGGAAUACAACCAUGAAGAAUGGAUUGAAAUCCGAGUUGCUUUUGAAGACUACAUUAGCAAUGCCACCCACAUGCUGUCUCGGCUGGAGGAGCUUCAGGACAUCCUAGCUAAGAAGGAGUUGCCGCAGGAUUUGGAGGGGGCUCGGAAUAUGAUCGAGGAGCAUUCCCAGCUGAAGAAGAAGGUGACUAAGGCCCCCAUAGAGGACUUGGAUUUGGAGGGACAGAAGCUGCUGCAGAGGAUUCAGAGCAGUGACAGCUUUCCCAAAAAGAACUCGGGGUCAGGCAACGCGGACCUGCAGAGCCUCUUACCCAAGGUGUCCGCCAUGCUGGACAGGCUGCACUCCACGCGGCAGCACCUGCAUCAGAUGUGGCACGUGAGGAAGCUAAAGCUGGACCAGUGCUUUCAGCUGAGGCUGUUUGAACAGGAUGCUGAGAAGAUGUUUGACUGGAUCACGCACAACAAGGGCCUGUUUCUGAACAGCUACACUGAGAUUGGGACCAGCCAUCCUCAUGCAAUGGAGCUUCAGACACAGCACAACCACUUUGCCAUGAACUGCAUGAACGUGUACGUGAACAUAAACCGCAUCAUGUCGGUGGCCAGCCGCCUGGUGGAGUCGGGCCACUAUGCCUCCCAGCAGAUCAAGCAGAUCGCCAGCCAGCUGGAGCAGGAGUGGAAGGCGUUCGCGGCCGCCCUGGACGAGCGCAGCACUCUGCUGGACAUGUCGUCCGUCUUCCACCAGAAGGCAGAGAAGUAUAUGAGCAACGUGGACUCGUGGUGCAAAGCCUGUGGUGAGGUGGACCUUCCCUCCGAGCUGCAGGACCUGGAGGAUGCCAUUCAUCAUCACCAGGGAAUAUAUGAGCACAUCACCCUUGCUUACUCUGAGGUGAGCCAGGACGGGAAGUCACUCCUUGACAAGCUCCAGCGGCCCCUGACUCCCGGCAGCUCCGAUUCCCUCACGGCCUCCGCCAACUACUCCAAGGCCGUGCACCACGUUCUCGACGUCAUCCAUGAGGUGCUGCAUCACCAGCGGCAGCUCGAGAACAUCUGGCAGCACCGCAAGGUCCGGCUCCACCAGAGGCUGCAGCUGUGCGUUUUCCAGCAGGACGUUCAGCAGGUGCUGGACUGGAUUGAGAACCAUGGAGAAGCAUUUCUGAGCAAACAUACAGGUGUGGGGAAAUCUCUGCAUCGGGCCAGAGCUUUGCAGAAACGUCAUGAAGAUUUUGAAGAAGUAGCACAGAACACAUACACCAAUGCGGAUAAAUUACUAGAAGCAGCAGAACAGCUGGCUCAGACUGGGGAAUGUGACCCGGAAGAGAUCUAUCAGGCCGCCCAUCAGCUCGAGGACCGGAUACAAGAUUUUGUUCGGCGAGUUGAGCAGCGGAAGAUCCUCCUGGACAUGUCGGUGUCCUUUCACACCCACGUGAAAGAGCUGUGGACAUGGCUGGAGGAGCUGCAGAAGGAGCUGCUGGACGACGUGUACGCCGAGUCUGUGGAGGCCGUGCAGGACCUCAUCAAGCGCUUCGGGCAGCAGCAGCAGACCACCCUGCAGGUGACCGUGAACGUGAUCAAGGAAGGGGAGGACCUCAUCCAGCAGCUGAGGGACUCUGCCAUCUCCAGCAACAAGACCCCACACAACAGCUCCAUCAGCCACAUCGAGACGGUGCUGCAGCAGCUGGACGAGGCCCAGGCCCAGAUGGAGGAGCUCUUCCAGGAGCGCAAGAUCAAGCUCGAGCUCUUCCUGCAGCUGCGCAUCUUUGAGAGGGACGCCAUCGACGUGAGUGUCCCCCCCGCCCCGCCCACCCGGGCCUGCUCCCAGAGCUCCAGCACCCCUCCUCUGCCCCUCGCCUACUGCCCCAGCCUCUGUGCCGGGAGGGGGAGGGGGAGGGAAAGAGCGGCUCCUCCCAGCUUGGCCCUGGGAGAUGGGGCCUGGCUCUGGGGCAGGCAGGUGGGCAGCGGGACAGACACCACACAGCAGGACAGCAACGUGAGAAUUCCGGGCCUCCCUUCAAUGUCCGCAGGCGUGGAGCUGCUUUGCGACAGAGACGUAGACAUGGCCACCCGGGUCCAGGACUUGCUGGAGUUUCUCCACGAGAAGCAGCAGGAGCUGGAUUUAGCAGCCGAGCAACAUCGGAAGCACCUGGAGCAGUGUGUGCAGCUCCGCCACCUGCAGGCCGAAGUGAAGCAGGUGCUGGGCUGGAUCCGGAACGGAGAGUCAAUGCUGAACGCCGGGCUCAUCACGGCCAGCUCGUUGCAGGAGGCGGAGCAGCUGCAGAGGGAGCACGAACAGUUCCAGCACGCCAUCGAGAAGACCCACCAGAGCGCACUGCAGGUGCAGCAGAAGGCAGAAGCCAUGCUGCAGGCCAACCACUACGACAUGGACAUGAUCCGGGACUGUGCCGAGAAGGUGGCCUCGCACUGGCAGCAGCUCAUGCUCAAGAUGGAGGACCGGCUGAAGCUGGUGAACGCGUCCGUGGCCUUCUACAAGACCUCGGAGCAGGUCUGCAGUGUCCUCGAGAGCCUGGAGCAGGAGUACAAGAGAGAGGAGGACUGGUGUGGGGGGGCCGACAAGCUGGGCCCCAACUCCGAGACGGACCACGUCACCCCGAUGAUCAGCAAGCACCUUGAGCAGAAGGAAGCGUUCCUGAAGGCUUGCACGCUUGCUAGGAGGAAUGCAGAUGUCUUCCUGAAAUACCUGCACAGGAACAGCGUGAACAUGCCUGGAAUGGUGACACAUAUCAAAGCCCCUGAACAACAAGUGAAAAAUAUCUUGAAUGAACUCUUCCAGCGGGAGAACAGGGUGUUGCAUUACUGGACCAUGAGGAAGCGGCGGCUGGACCAGUGCCAGCAGUACGUGGUCUUUGAGCGAAGCGCCAAGCAGGCUUUGGAGUGGAUCCAUGACAGCGGGGAGUUCUACCUUUCCACACACACCUCCACAGGUUCGAGUAUCCAGCACACCCAGGAGCUGCUGAAGGAGCACGAGGACUUCCAGAUCACGGCAAAGCAAACCAAAGAGAGAGUGAAGCUAUUGAUACAGCUGGCUGAUGGCUUUUGUGAAAAGGGGCAUGCCCAUGCGGCAGAGAUAAAAAAAUGUGUCACUGCAGUGGAUAAGAGGUACAGAGAUUUCUCUCUGCGGAUGGAGAAGUACAGGACCUCUUUGGAGAAAGCCCUGGGGAUUUCUUCAGAUUCCAACAAAUCGAGUAAAAGUCUUCAGCUAGAUAUCAUUCCGGCCAGUAUCCCCGGGUCAGAGGUGAAACUCCGCGAUGCCGCUCAUGAACUUAAUGAAGAAAAACGGAAAUCUGCCCGCAGGAAAGAGUUCAUAAUGGCUGAGCUGAUUCAAACUGAAAAGGCUUAUGUAAGAGACCUCCGGGAGUGUAUGGAUACCUACCUGUGGGAAAUGACCAGUGGUGUGGAGGAGAUCCCGCCCGGCAUUGUGAACAAAGAGCUCGUUAUCUUCGGGAACAUGCAGGAGAUCUAUGAGUUUCACAAUAACAUAUUCCUCAAAGAGCUGGAAAAAUACGAACAGUUACCAGAGGACGUUGGACAUUGCUUUGUAACUUGGGCAGACAAGUUUCAGAUGUAUGUCACAUAUUGCAAAAAUAAGCCUGAUUCUACUCAGCUGAUAUUAGAGCAUGCAGGAUCCUACUUUGAUGAGAUACAACAGCGGCACGGAUUAGCCAAUUCCAUCUCUUCCUACCUUAUUAAACCUGUUCAGCGAAUAACGAAGUAUCAGCUCCUUUUAAAAGAGCUGCUCACGUGCUGCGAGGAGGGGAAGGGGGAGAUUAAGGACGGCCUGGAGGUGAUGCUCAGUGUGCCAAAACGGGCCAACGACGCCAUGCACCUGAGCAUGCUGGAAGGGUUUGAUGAAAACAUUGAGUCUCAGGGAGAACUCAUCCUGCAGGAAUCCUUCCAAGUGUGGGACCCCAAAACCUUAAUUCGAAAGGGUCGAGAACGGCACCUCUUCCUUUUUGAAAUGUCCUUAGUGUUUAGUAAAGAAGUGAAAGAUUCCAGUGGCAGAAGCAAGUACCUUUAUAAAAGCAAAUUGUUUACCUCAGAGUUGGGUGUCACAGAACACGUUGAAGGAGAUCCUUGCAAAUUUGCACUGUGGGUGGGGAGGACGCCAACUUCAGAUAAUAAAAUUGUCCUUAAGGCCUCCAGUAUAGAAAACAAGCAGGACUGGAUCAAGCAUAUCCGGGAAGUGAUCCAGGAAAGGACCAUUCACCUGAAAGGCGCCCUGAAGGAGCCCAUUCACAUCCCCAAAACAGCUCCGGCAACGAGACAGAAGGGAAGGAGGGAUGGAGAGGAUUUGGAUAGCCAAGGAGAUGGCAGCAGCCAGCCUGAUACGAUUUCAAUCGCAUCCCGGACGUCUCAGAACACGCUGGACAGUGAUAAGCUGUCCGGCGGCUGUGAGCUGACAGUGGUGAUCCACGACUUCACGGCCUGUAACAGCACCGAGCUGACCAUCCGCCGUGGCCAGACCGUGGAAGUCUUGGAGCGGCCCCAUGACAAGCCUGACUGGUGUCUGGUGCGGACCACCGACCGGUCCCCCGCGGUGGAAGGCCUGGUCCCCUGCGGCUCCCUGUGCAUCGCCCACUCCAGAAGUAGCAUGGAAAUGGAGGGCAUCUUCAACCACAAAGACUCGCUGUCCGUCUCCAGCAACGAUGCCAGCCCGCCUGCCUCCGUGGCCUCCCUCCAGCCCCACAUGAUGGGGGCGCAGAGCUCCCCGGGCCCCAAGCGCCCAGGCAACACGCUGCGCAAGUGGCUGACGAGCCCGGUGCGGCGGCUGAGCAGCGGCAAGGCUGACGGGCACGUGAAGAAGCUGGCCCACAAGCACAAGAAGAGCAGGGAGGUCCGCAAGAGUGCCGACGCCGGCUCGCAGAAGGACUCGGACGACAGCGCGGCCACCCCGCAGGACGAGACGGUGGAAGAGAGAGGCCGGAACGAGGGCCUGAGCAGCGGCACGCUCUCCAAAUCCUCGUCCUCGGGCAUGCAGAGCUGCGGAGAGGAAGAAGGGGAGGAGGGGGCCGACGCCGUGCCCCUGCCCCCGCCCAUGGCCAUCCAGCAGCACAGCCUGCUGCAGCCGGAUUCACAGGACGACAAGGCCUCUUCUCGGUUAUUAGUCCGCCCCACCAGCUCCGAAACGCCGAGCGCAGCCGAGCUUGUCAGUGCGAUCGAGGAACUCGUGAAAAGCAAGAUGGCGCUGGAGGAUCGUCCCAGCUCACUCCUCGUGGACCAGGGAGACAGUAGCAGCCCCUCCUUCAACCCUUCAGACAACUCCCUUCUGUCCUCCUCCUCGCCCAUUGAUGAGAUGGAAGAGAGGAAAUCCAGCUCUUUAAAGAGACGGCACUACGUUUUGCAAGAAUUAGUGGAAACAGAACGUGACUAUGUGCGGGACCUCGGCUGUGUGGUGGAGGGCUACAUGGCACUUAUGAAAGAAGAUGGCGUUCCCGAUGACAUGAAAGGCAAAGACAAGAUUGUGUUUGGCAACAUCCAUCAGAUUUACGACUGGCACAGAGACUUUUUUUUAGGAGAGUUGGAGAAGUGCCUUCAAGAUCCAGAAAAACUAGGAUCCCUUUUUGUUAAACAUGAGAGAAGGUUGCACAUGUACAUAGUUUAUUGUCAAAAUAAACCAAAGUCUGAGCACAUUGUCUCAGAAUACAUCGAUACCUUUUUUGAGGACUUAAAGCAGCGCCUCGGCCACAGGCUGCAGCUCACAGACUUGCUGAUCAAACCAGUGCAGAGAAUCAUGAAGUACCAGCUGCUGCUGAAGGACUUCCUCAAGUAUUCCAAAAAAGCCAGCCUGGAUACGUCGGAACUAGAGAGAGCCGUGGAGGUCAUGUGCAUCGUCCCCAAGCGCUGCAACGACAUGAUGAACGUCGGGCGGCUGCAAGGAUUUGACGGUAAAAUUGUUGCCCAGGGCAAGCUGCUCUUGCAGGACACGUUCUUGGUCACGGACCAAGACACGGGGCUUCUGCCUCGAUGCAAAGAGAGGCGGGUGUUCCUCUUUGAGCAGAUCGUCAUUUUCAGUGAGCCGCUCGAUAAAAAAAAGGGCUUCUCCGUGCCAGGAUUCCUGUUUAAGAACAGUAUCAAGGUGAGUUGCCUUUGCCUGGAGGAAAACGUGGAGAAUGAUCCCUGUAAAUUCGCUCUGACAUCAAGGACGGGUGACGUGGUGGAGACCUUCAUCUUGCAUUCAUCCAGUCCAAGUGUUCGGCAAGCAUGGAUCCAUGAAAUCAACCAAAUUUUAGAAAACCAGCGCAAUUUUUUAAAUGCCUUGACAUCACCCAUCGAGUAUCAGAGGAACCACAGCGGGGGCGGGGGCGGGGGCGGCGGCGGGGCCCCCGGCGGCGGCGGCGGCGGCGGCGGCGGCGGCGCAGGCAGCAACCACAGCGGCGGCCCCGGCAGCUGCGGCGGCCUCCCCAGCGCGAGCAGAAGCAGGCCCUCCCGGAUCCCCCAGCCUGUCAGACACCACUCCCCCGUGCUGGUCUCGUCUGCAGCCUCGAACCAGGCAGAGGCAGACAAGAUGUCAGGUAUGUCCGCUCCCGGCCCGCCACUGCCUCCUCCCAGCAGCAGCCCCGCCCUGGCGGCCGGCCAGCCCGCCAGGGCGCCCCCCAGCGGAGAGCCCGAAGGCCCCGAGCGAGAAGCGGAGCCGAUCCCCAAGAUGAAGGUGCUGGAGAGCCCCCGGAAGGCGGCUGGGAACGCCGCGGGCGCGCAUCAGGAUGGACCCGCCAAGGAGGCGCGGAGCGGCCCGGGCUCCCUGCCGCCGGGCAAGCCCAGGCCCGGGGCCAUCUCGCCUCUGAACUCUCCUCUCUCCGCUGCGUUCCCCUCUCCGUUCGGCAAGGAGCCCUUGCCCCCCAGCAGCCCCCUGCAGAAGGGGGGCUCCUUCUGGAGCUCCGUUCCCGCCUCCCCCGCCAGCCGGCCCGGCUCCUUCACCUUCCCGGGGGACAGUGACUCCCUCCAGCGGCAGGCGCAGCGCCACGCGGCCCCCAGCAAGGACACGGACCGCAUGAGCACGUGCUCCUCGGCCAGCGAGCAGUCCGUGCAGUCCACCCAGAGCAAUGGGAGUGAAAGUAGCAGCAGUAGCAACAUCUCCACCAUGUUGGUGACACACGAUUACACGGCAGUGAAGGAGGAUGAGAUAAACGUCUAUCAAGGAGAGGUCGUUCAGAUUCUGGCCAGCAAUCAACAGAACAUGUUUCUGGUGUUCCGAGCCGCCACUGACCAGUGCCCCGCAGCCGAGGGCUGGAUUCCGGGCUUCGUCCUGGGGCAUACCAGCGCAGUCAUCAUGGAGAACCCCGACGGGACUCUCAAGAAGUCAACAUCUUGGCACACAGCACUCCGUUUAAGGAAAAAAUCUGAGAAAAAAGAUAAAGACGGCAAACGGGAAGGCAAGUUAGAGAACGGUUAUCGGAAGUCUCGGGAAGGACUCAGCAACAAGGUAUCUGUGAAGCUUCUCAAUCCCAACUACAUCUAUGACGUUCCCCCAGAAUUCGUCAUUCCCUUGAGCGAGGUCACGUGUGAGACAGGGGAGACCGUUGUUCUUAGAUGUCGGGUCUGUGGCCGCCCCAAGGCCUCGGUCACCUGGAAGGGCCCUGAACACAACACCUUGAACAGCGAUGGUCACUACAGCAUCUCCUACAGUGACUUGGGAGAGGCCGCUCUGAAGAUCGUGGGUGUGACCACCGAGGACGACGGCAUCUACACGUGCAUCGCAGUGAACGACAUGGGGUCAGCCUCGUCUUCAGCCAGUCUGAGGGUUCUAGGUCCAGGCAGUGAUGGCGUCAUGGUGACCUGGAAAGACAACUUUGACUGCUUCUACAGCGAAGUGGCUGAGCUCGGCAGGGGCAGAUUCUCUGUCGUUAAGAAAUGCGAUCAGAAAGGCACCAAACGAGCAGUGGCCACUAAGUUUGUGAACAAGAAGUUGAUGAAGCGCGACCAGGUCACCCACGAGCUUGGAAUCCUGCAGAACCUCCAGCACCCGCUGCUGGUUGGCCUCCUCGACACCUUCGAGACCGCCACCAGCUACGUCCUGGUUCUGGAAAUGGCUGACCAGGGACGGCUCCUGGAAUGUGUGGUGCGAUGGGGAAACCUCACGGAGGGGAAGAUCAGGGCAUAUCUGGGGGAGGUUCUGGAAGCCGUCCGUUACCUUCACAACUGCAGGAUAGCACACCUGGACCUAAAGCCCGAAAACAUCCUAGUGGAUCAGAGUUUAGCCAAGCCAACCAUCAAACUAGCUGACUUUGGAGAUGCUGUCCAACUCAACACGACCUACCACAUCCACCAGUUACUGGGGAACCCCGAAUUCGCAGCCCCCGAAAUCAUCCUGGGGAACCCGGUCUCCCUGACCUCGGACACGUGGAGUGUUGGAGUGCUGGCCUAUGUGCUUCUCAGCGGCGUGUCCCCCUUCCUGGACGACAGCGUGGAAGAGACCUGCCUGAACAUUUGCCGGCUAGACUUUAGUUUCCCAGAUGACUACUUCCAAGGAGUGAGCCAGAGGGCCAAGGACUUCGUGUGUUUCCUCCUGCACGAGGACCCUGCCAAGCGUCCCUCGGCUGCGCUGGCCCUCCAGGAGCAGUGGCUGCAGUCGGGCCACGGCCACGGCAAAGGCGCGGGCGUCCUCGACACGUCCAGACUGACCUCCUUCAUUGAGCGGCGCAAACACCAGAACGAUGUUCGACCGAUUCGUAGCAUUAAAAACUUCUUACAGAGCAGGCUUUUGCCUAGAGUUUGACCUAUCUUGAAGUCCUUUCUCAUUCUCUUUCACCUGCCAAUCAGCUGUUCAUUUGAAUUUUGAAGAGAAACACAAACCAACAUAACUGUUCAGCUGCCGUGCGUUCAUCGUGUGAAAUUGCAUUCCCAGUGAGCUGUGCUCGGCAGUGCCUGGGACUCGGGCUGCAAGCUGUGCUGGGGUGGAGGACCUUCUCGAACACUCUGCGGGGGCGGAGACAGCAUUGCUGUGUCACAGUCUUUUAUUCAGGUUUCUGCAAAAAAAAUAAAAAGAAACUUUUUUAAACGAACAUGAGUAGAAUUUUGCAAAUUUAACAUUUUCCAGGAUUUCUUCAAGGAAGCGAAAUGCCUAUGUUCAACCACUGGUGUUAACGAACAAAACAGAGAUACUGGACACCUCUGGGGAAGACCCCGGCCCCAGCGGCGGCCGUCUCCGUGGCCUCGUCCAGCUCGGGGUCCACCUGGCUCUGAGCUUUUCCAGCUGCCUGGUCUGUGUGCCUCUGGCCCCUACGCCAGACUAGGCUUCUGAAACGUGCAUUCAACCUCAAACUUUUGCAUAAAAAUAGAAUGAAUCGUUUUGCUCUGA